UGUCCCCCGCACUCGGCCCUUCGCCUCGCGUCCGCGACAUGUUCAUUUUCUAGCGCGAAUGCCGACCCGCUUUCCCUCCACCCACGGCCGCUCCGCGGGGUGCCUCCCACCCUCCUCCCGGGACCCGAAACUGCGGCCUGAUGUUCCCAGGCCCGCUCCCGCGCAGGCCGUGGCGGGAUGUGAGCGCAUUUUGCUGAAUGGCAUCUCCAGCAUCAAUGUGGGUCUAACCGGGAAGGAGCUGCAGAGGCCCUUUCCCAUGGUGGGAGCUGGACGGGCCCGUUUGAGGGGGGAGUGUGUGACCGCUGAGCGCUCAGAGGGCCUCAGGGAUGGUGGACAGACAGGUGGAGUGGGAGCGGCCGAGUGUCCAGGUUCACCCCUUGCCGCCUCCUGGCGUACCAGAGUCGGCUCCAAAGGCUUUGACUUGGGACACCCUGGCUUUCUCUCAGCUGCUUUGCUCAGGCCUCUUCUGUUGCCAGGUUUUCACAUCAGCAUCUCCUAGCUGGUUCCUCGUGUUAAGUGGCCACCUCCUAACAGAGACAUUCUGUUCAAGGUUGCGGGACAAGGACCGUAGAUCAACUGCCAGGACAGUUUCCCUCUAGCCCGGGGGUCAGCCUCACACCAGUCAGUCUUAGGCUGCAGUGAAGUUUGGAGUGUUUUGUUUUGUUGCUUUUCUCCUCCAUCUGUGUAGUAUAUUUUUAAACAGAAUUUUAUUUUUAAAAUAAAAUCUCUUUAUAAGACAAUACCUGCAUUACACUCCUGCAAUAUACAUUAUUUUAUUGUAUAGUUCUAGUUACCUGUAUUUUAUGUAAUGAAACCGACAGGGUGGCUGCUGCAGAGUGCUGCGUGUCGUGGCGGGGGGCGGGGCGUCCAGCUGUGCCCUGGAAUUCUUCCUUGUAACCCCAACAGUGGCCCUUUGGUAUGUGCCUUCACUCUAGCUGUUUGCCUUAAUCUCUACAGUCUCGCUCUCCAGGGUGGUGAAUAAAAUGCAACACUUGGCAUUUUUUUAUGUUAAAAAAAAAAACAACAGUAUUUUAUUUAUAAUAAAAUCUGAAUAUUUGUAA